UUUUUUUUUUUUUCCCAUGUAAUUAUAUCAUUUACAGUUCUAUUCACUGUUAUAAAAAACUAGGAAAAUGUAAUAAAACAUGCAUUCCUUCAUGACAAAGGAAAAACCUGCCUCUCCUACUGACUGUUUGAGCAGCAGCACUAAGACAAAGUUUAGAAAUGUCUGUGUGUGUUUGCAGAUUUAAAUUAUUCUGAUACUUGGAGCAGAACCUGGUUUUAUGUCAAGCAAAAAACUACUACUAGUAAAAAAGAAACAAAUGAAAAAUCAGUUUUCAGCCAGGUAUAGCUUGAGAAAUAGAAGAAAACUGUUUAUAUCUUUGCUGAAAUGACAAAGAAUGUCUUCGGUUUACGCUUCUCUUGUGUUUUGAUUCUUGGGGUGUUUUAUAAUCACAGACUGUCCUUUGUUGCAUUAGGAUUUAUUUUCAAGUGGGUAAUGGUUUGAAAUGUAUUAAACAAAUAUUAACUGGGAGAUGUGUUUUAAGAAAGACCUGGUGCUCUUUAUGGAAGUAUUUGUUAUGCUCUUUCAACUACAUUGAAUGUGAAAUAGCAGGACAAGCUACAAAAGAACCUUUGUUAAAAAAGUCACUUCACUCUAAUAUUUAUUAAGUGUGAUUCAUGAAGUUUGUUUCUCAAGCCUUUUCUUAGGCAGAAGCAGGUACUAAAAAGGGAGGGCCCAGUGUAUAUUUAGGCUUCUACAUGUCUUACUGUAGGAAGGGAAGGAGAUAAAGAAACUAGCAAUAGUAUCUACUUAAACCAUGUUGCUUCGAUGUUUUAAAAAUAUCUUUUUAAUUUCAUGGAAGGGUGUUUGCAAAUGUUGAAGUGCACGUUAGGAUUGUUAACCAGUUAAAGGUUAUUGGUGAUAAAGGGAAAAGAACCUGGGUGCAUGAAUGUGUAUGUACGUACACACACCCGUAUAUACAUGCACGCAUACAUAUAUUUUUAUGUAUAUGAACAUACAUAUGCACACGUAGUUCCUAUGUGACCUGUUCUUUGGCAAGGUCUCAGUCACUGCUGCUUCCCGCAGAACAGAACCCAUGGUUGUGAUCAUGGUUAAACACUUCAGAAGCAAUUGCAAGCUUUCUCAGUUCUGUUUAGAAUAUUAUACCCAUACGAGCUCUCCUAAGUCUUUUAUCUGAAAAUUAGCAUGAGCCAGUAACCUGGAAUUUUCAGGGUAAGGUUGUUAGUAAAAAGUUGAUAGAGAAAUCAGGAGUUGUUGGUAAAACAAACUCUAUGCUAGAAAACUGGUACAAAAAGUCCACAUCAUACACUUCAGCUUUCGAAGUUCAUUGGGCCAGUCUUGACUCUGCUUGAGGUGUUUGAUGAUUGACUGCAGGCUUGACGUUGCAGUUUCAUGCUUUUAGAACCAACUCCUAAGGCAGCAGGAGGAUUUUGUGUGAUUCCUGUCACAAAGACCCAAUCCGACUCUGGCGGCAUCAGCUGGGGGUGCAGCGUGGCAGGAGCCCGGCCGUGCUGGCAUUCCAUCACUCACCAGCCAUUACCUUUAUCUAAUCUGCUUCGAUAGCUACAGCAUGGAUGGACAUUCUGUCUCACAAUGUAGCACAGCCAGAAAUAGAAAACCGAAGAAGAUUAAGCCCAAAAUAAAGAUAGGACUUUUUCACAUGUAAGUCCUGAAUGAGGAGGAGAAUGCACCACGUCGCUUCUUGCAUUUGGCCCGUCAUCUACUCCUGUUGUUGUAAGCUGUUGGGUACAAUAGAGGCCUCCAUUUUACUUGACUUUUUUUUUUAAGUAGCAGUGAGUUUUUCAAGCCAGGGUAAGCAGUCAAACUCUGAAAAUUUUAUUUUGUAAAACUAAAAGAAGGAAAUUUACGUAGCAAAUACAUGGAUGCUUUUUGUAUGAUUCAGUUAGAAGACUGUUUGCAAAGUACAUGCUUAGUAGGAUAUACACUAAGCCCUGUAGCAGAUAAAAUGUACCCUCUUGAUAUUCUCAAACUUGCAUUCCUUCCAUUGCCUCCUAAAGUCCAGCUGAGGAUUUUUUUAAAAUGCUUGACAGUGACAGGCCUGUAGAAUAGUGUAUGGGCUGUUCAAAUCCGAUCAAGACCUACUUUGAAGCGUAGGAGUUUGCAUAUUAAAUUGUUUUGUUUAGAAACUUUGCUUCUUCGUCCUUGACAAACUUUUCACAUUGUUCAUUUGUCCCAAAGUCCUGUGAUGAGCCACAAGCUACUCACCUUAAGCUGUGCCUUUAAAAUGUAAGAUCUUGGCUGCACAUUUCCUUCUGCAGCUAACACAGGUAUUUAAUUAACUGCUCACUUUCUUCAUAUAGUAAUUUUGUGCUGAUGCAGAUGUGAGGUGUUACGAAUCCUUUGUCUGGACUUUACUGUGGAAAAAGUGUGCACAACAUUAAUAUAUACCUGAAAAUACUCCUUGUGACAGAGAAUUUACUGUGCUCCUUAGUGUUACAGUUGGAAACGUUAAUAGCGAUUUAUGGAAGUUAAAGUCAUUGCAGUCUCUUCAGAAGCCUCACUGUCCUCAGUAAGAAGAUAAUUUUAAUUGAUCUUGUGUGUUAAAAAUAUGAGAGAAUACUCAGAGUAAAUGCAUUAUACAAAUCUGACUUUGAUACGAAUUGAGAAAAUUGGAAGGCGUACUUGUGUCUGCUGUAAGGAAAGCAAUAAAACUUCAAGCAAAGCCAUUGUAUGCAAGUAUAUGUCUGCAUUGAGGUACAUAUGCUCUGACACUUGUCUAAGAGACAGGAAAUACCACUGGAGUUAGAAAUGAAGAAGACAAAACUCCUUCCAUACUACCCAUGAUAUUUUUUCAAAGACCUACCCAGUCAGUGUGAGGACACUCAGAGCCAAGGAAGCCGGGCCAGAUCAUUAUUUCCAGACGAAGAUCUUUUUUUUUAAACAUCUUUCCAUUACUGAUACUGAAGACAUACUGAUGCACGUAUCUGUUCAUUGCUUAGACCUGAUGGUACCAGGGCAGGCUUAUUUCUUCACCUGUGAUCUCACUGGUUUUCUUAAAAAAAAAAAAAUAAAAAAAAAAAUCUCAUGUUUUGUUCCUUUGUGUUCUCACAACAAGUUUUGGUUCCUUAGGCUCCCAUAUUACUUACAAAGCUUCACUGGGUCUGCGGAGUCAUUUAAGAGUUUGAAAGAGAGGAGGGAAGGUACCAGCAUCUAGAAGUUCUGGAAAAGCUCAGUAUUACUUGAGGGGGACGGACAAGUUAGAUUGUAGUGUGUUGUUGUGUUUAUAGUAAAGGGACAGUGUAUGGUUUCAAUUUUUGUUCAUAAAUGCUUCGUAAAUAUCAAACUUUAGAAGAAGGGUGGGUUUCUGGUAUUUUAUAGCUUAUUGGGAGCACUAAACUUGAAGGUUACAAUUAUUAUAAAAUUAUUCUUUUUCCUCUGUUCAAUAAACUCUGCCGUUUUCUCUCGUAGGCAUUUUAAAUUAAUGGGAGUGAACAUAACAGCUGUAGACUUUAGCUACUGCAUCCUUUUAUUACUACAGUCUUUUGUUAAAUAUUUUCUUUGGAUACAUGAAUCUUUACACAAUUUAAACUUGUUUAACUUUUUGUCCUUGUCUUGUUCUAUCAAUAUGCUCUUGGGGUUUACUCUCCAUUUCUCCUUCUGUGCAUUAUGGGAGAGAGACUGCUUCUCUUCUCAAUCUAUCCACAUUAAGGCAUCUGAAUGCAUGAAUAGGCUGUUCAUACAGGAAUGCGGGCAUAUAUUUAUAAUAAGAAUUCUGUUAUUGGCUCUCAGGCAGAGCAUUCAGGGAUGCGGACAUACUACUUCAGUGCAGAUACCCAGGAGGAUAUGAAUGGCUGGAUCCGGGCUAUGAACCAAGCUGCUCUUAUGCAAACACGCUCUUCGCUGAAGAGGGAAAAUGAAAAAGUGGAUCAGCAAGCUGUUCCCCAAGUGAAUCAUGUGGAUGCCUGUAAAGUGUGUGUGAAGUCAGAGAGUACAGAUACAAAAGAAAGUUACCAAAAAUCUGCUGAAAUGCUUGGUUAUGAUAAGCGUGAAGAAGCAAGAAGAGAAAAAGAGGAGGAGGAGCGUUAUAUCCUCAGAAAAGAAGCUCUGGACACUAAGAAGGGAAAGGCUAAGCAUGCGUUAACAGAAGUUGAUUCAUUAUUUCCAGAUUUAACGAAUGCACCACGGUCUCAAGCAGCUCAGCCUCUGCCCGUUGAGAAGAAUGGAACGCUUCCUAGCUCAUUAAGUAUGAGUGCUGGCCUAGUGGAGCAGAAUGGGACCAGCUCAUAUAAAAGAGGGUUUGUUCCCAGAACAAAUCCAGAUAAACAGAUUCAAAGAAAAAGUAAUAUGGCUCAAGUGGAGCACUGGGUAAAAGUCCAAAAAGGAGAUACAAAAAGCCUUGCUUCUGAUCAGACUCUUACACGUCAGGGCCCCAAUCCACCUUUUCCUGAAAACUAUCACACUUUGCCAAAGAAUACCAGGCAGCCUUCAGGGAGCUCACCACCACCACCAAACCGCAAUUUGCCGAGUGACUACAAGUAUGCACAAGACCGUGUUAGCCACUUGAAGAUGUCCCAGGAGGAAAGGAAAGCAAAUAAGGACGGGACUGUUUGGCAGCUCUAUGAGUGGCAGCAGAGACAGCAGUUUAAGCAUGGCAGCCCCACUGCCCCGCUGUAUGUAGGCUCUUCGGACUUUAUGGAUCGGGGUAAGUCAAAAAGUUCGUUGGAUGUUCCACGAUCAAUAUCCGUUCCACCCUCUCCAUCUGAUAUUCCUCCACCUGGGCCACCGAAAAGCUUUCCCCCGAGGAGACCGCACACUCCUGCAGAAAGGCUUACAGUUAAACCAUCUGACGAGAGACAGACUGCAGACAGCCCUUUCGCUGGAUCACCCAGGAAGAUACAAAGUCAUGCUGUAAAGAGCUCAGCUCACGUUGAUCGCCGCUCCAUGCCAGCUAUGGGCUACAUGACCCAUACUGUGAGCGCGCCCAGUUUGCAUGGCAAGUCGCCUGAAGAGCUAACAUUGCUUCUCAUUCGAUUAAGGAGACAUCAGGCUAAGUUGGCUAGUAUACGAAAUUAUACAAUCGCACAAUUGCUGCAGCACUUGCCAACUAAUUCCACCUAUCAGGCUGAUGACACUUACAUCCAACUGAAAAAGGAUUUGGAGUAUUUGGAUCUGAAGGUGACAGGGCGUGACACGUUAAAAGAACGAAGUACAAAACCUGUCAAGAUUGCAGAAAGUGAUAUUGAUGUCAAGCUGAGCAUUUUCUGUGAGCAGGACAGAAUUCUGCAGGACUUGGAGGACAAAAUAAGAGCUCUUAAGGAAAAUAAAGAUCAGCUGGAGUCAGUUUUGGAGGUUUUACACAGGCAGAUGGAACAGUACAAAGACCAACCACAGCAUGCAGAAAAAAUUUCCUACCAGCAGAGACUUUUGCAAGAGGAUCUCAUACAUAUUCGGGCUGAAAUAUCCAAAGUUUCAACGGAAAUGGAAAAUGCCUGGAAUGAAUAUCUGAAACUAGAAAACGAUGUGAGCCAGCUGAAAAAAGCCUUACAGGAACAGAUGAAUAGUUCUUUGCUAUCUCAGGAGAAAGCACAAAUACAAAAGGACUUGUGGAGGAUUGAAGAUGUUACAGCUGGCUUGAGUGCAAAUAAAGCAAAUUACAAAACCAUAGUAGACUCUAUCAAGAAUCCAGAGAGAAAAAUAGUGCCUUCAUUUUCUCAGUCUACAGUGCCUUCCUUACCAGCUUCCCUCACAACCGUGGAGAACAAACCCUCCAUUCCGCAGAGCCCUCCACCCAGCCCGGUCAAACCUUCUUUGGAGGUCAGGCUGUAUCCGCAGCCUUAUUUCCAGGCCAGAACACAGCACCAAGCACCGCAGCUGAAAAAAAUCGAGCCACCUCUUCAGUCGCCAGUUAGGCUAAAGCCAAAGGUUGAAGAUGAAGCACCACCCAGACCUCCUCUCCCUCAGUUAUACAGUCCUGAAGAUCAGCCACCAGCCGUUCCACCUCUCCCAAGAGAAGCCACUGUCAUCAGGCACACGUCAGUGCGGGGCCUGAAACGUCAGUCAGAUGAAAGAAAGAGAGACAGAGAACUAGGACAGUAUGUGAACGGAGAUUAUAGGGUAGAGCUGCGUUCGUAUGUGAGUGAACCAGAACUAGCAACGAUAGGUGGUGACCUCAGCCAACCUUCCAGAGGUUUAAUAAGCUCUGAUAGUGGAUACCAGACACUACCCACCCGUGGUUUAUCUGGAUCAACUUCCAGAUUACACCAAUCAUCUACCAUUGCAUCUUAUGCAACGCUUCGAAGGGAUAGGUCCAAGGAGAGACCAAAGAGUGCCUUGGAACGUUUAUACUCUGGAGACCACCAAAGAGGCAAGAUGAGUGCAGAGGAGCAACUAGAAAGAAUGAAACGACAUCAGAAGGCGUUAGUUCGGGAACGCAAGAGAACUCUUAGCCAAGGAGAAAGGCAGUCUGUUUCAUCUCGGUCUUUCGUCAGGCCCGUUUCUGCAGACAUAGGCUCAUGGAAACGAGAGCAAGAAUUUGAUUUGCAGCUACUUGAGAGGGCCAUUCGUGGAGAAGACAAGGAUGAAAAUGAAUGGCUAAAAGUUCAGCCAAUAGCAGUAUCAGUAACAGAGACAGACCUGGAGCCUCAAGACUAUGAUUUAGAUAUCAGCAGAGAGCUUUCAAAACCUGAGAAGGUUGCAAUUCCAGAACGCUAUGUUGAAUUGGAGCCAGAAGAACCUCUUUCUACAGAAGAACUGGCAGCAAGGCAGCGUAAAGCAGAGAAGAUAAAGAGUAUUCUUACUAAGUCAAGUAUGCACAAUCUACAGCCUACUAUUGCCCAGGACAAGCACAACUCAGUUGAUUUAGAUUCACAGCUGCAAGAGCAGGAACGCAUCAUUACCAUAUCAUACGCUUUGGCUUCUGAAGCCUCUCAGAGGAGCAAGGAGGUAGCAGCUCAGCAGUUGACCUUUCCACCUAAAGCACCCUCACCUUCUGUACCACAGCCACCUCACUCCCCCUUAAGCAAUGGAUUUCACUACACAUUUGUUUAAACACCUUAAAACCAAAGCAGUAAGCGAGCACUGACCUAAGCCUCAAAGCAGAUCCCACCUAGUGACACCGCAGAGAAGGAAGAGGAGAUGCGUCGCCUGCUUUCUGUGGAGAUGCUCGUCGGCUGAUCACACGUUCUUUUGGAAAUAUGUUCAGAGAAUAACGGGGGGAUUUUCUAUGAAAAUGAAGAGAGUUGCAAAACAUUUUAUUCUGAAUUCAGCUUAGUUCAGACUUUUUAUAUGAAUAAAUGGCACUUUUAAUAAACUCUGUAAAAUACUGACAAUGUAUUUUUAGAACAGAAUGUAUUUUAGAAUUUGUUUAAAUCAAGGGCUGCAUUCAUUUUAAGAGGAACUACUGAGGUAGUUGUUACAGGAUGCUGUUACUUCCCCCUCAGGCUCAGAUGCGCAAUGUAAAGUUUCAUGAAAAAAAAUGUAAAUUGAACAAUCUUAGAUGCACAUUCAUAGGGUAUGGGUAGAGCUAACUCAAGUGAGAGGUUUAAUGCAAGAGUGUUUUGGAUUGAAUAUUUUUGUAGAGUUAAUCACCCGCCCUUUUGCCCAUGAAAUGAUACUUUGCAAGGAACUUUUAGUUUGAUUUUCUAAAUAUGAAUAACCAUUGUAUAGAUGAAAUUUUCCAUGAAAGCCAUAAUGAUAACCAAUUUUAACUCCUGUCUCCUUUCCUGAUUGCAUAUGAUUAACUUGAUGGUAUUGAUAUACAGUCUGUUAAGUUGCUCUUGACAGUAGUAACAAACAGCUAACAAAUUAUAUAUUUUUUUUGAAAGUUGAGAUGUGGAAGAAGAAAACUUUAAAUUACAAUAUGUGAAGUAAGCAAUAAAAAAAUAGGGUAUGCCAUUUUACAAGAAAAUAUAUUUUUUCUUUCGAUUUUUUUUCAAUAAACAAUACAAUACGAUGUAUUGACUAGUAUUUAUCCUGGAAACAGUAAAAAUGAUGUAACGUGGCACCUGCUAAUUUUGUAUGUAAGUUCACCUGGUGCUUUACUUUGCCAAACUUUGAAAUUCAGUGUUUUACUUACUUACAGGGCAAAGGGUGAGGGGGUUACAUAAGGAGAAAAUAAGAUUAAAUGAAUGGCUGCAACUGCUUUACUUGAAGAAAACAAAACAGAACUAAGCGCGAGAUAAUGCAAAAAUUGCCCAAUACUAUCCAAUGGUUAGCUGAGUUCAGCUCUAGAUGAGGAAUGGCUGAGAAAUACUUCUGCGGUAUUUUGUGAAACCACUAACUUGUUUAUUUGCUAUAUCCAAGUGAUAGAUAUAGUCCCCUGGAAACUGACUGACCUUCAAGUUUCAGAUUUUGACACAAAUCGUAUUAUAUUAACACUGUACUCAGAAAUACUCCUAAAAAUAUAUAUUUAGCUAAUGUAAUCUAUUUUACCUCAAUACUGCCAGUAUCAACUUCAAAGCCUUUUGCCAAAAUAAUGAUUUAUUUUUGCCUUUAUAAAAAGUUUUGAAAGCAUAAAUGACUAUUUUGCAAGAAAACAUUAAUUUAAAUAAAAUGUAACCGUUUGGAAAAUGGUAUAUGUACAGAUUAAAAUAUUAACAGAACUGC